GAAGCGGCGGCUCAGAGAAGUGCUGACAAAAGCACUUGUCCCAUGAAGGAUGGAAAUCCAUUUGGUCCCUUCUGGGAUCAGUUCCAAGUGAAUUUUGAUAAGUCUGAGCUCUUCAAGGGGAUUUCCUUCAGUUCUGCAUACAAGGACCAUUGGAUCCAAAGAUUUUCACCAUCUGAGCACCCUGUACUCGCCUUACCUGGAGCUCCGGCCCAGUUUCCAGUCUUAGAGGAGCACCGGCCCCUCCAUAAGUAUAUUGUGUGGUCUGAUGAAAUGGUGAAGAAAGGAGAAGCUUAUAUUCAUUCUCUGCUGGUCAGACCCUACGUAGGAAUUCAUCUGAGGAUCGGCUCGGACUGGAAAAAUGCUUGCAAUAUGUUAAAGGACGGGACAGCCGGGCCACACUUCAUGGCUUCACCUCAGUGCGUGGGCUACGACCGAAGUGCUGCGGUCCCUCUUACCAUGGACAUGUGCUUGCCAGACCUCAGAGAGAUCAAGCGUGCUCUCAAGCUGUGGGUGGAAAAGACAGAAGCUAAAUCUGUUUAUAUCGCUACUGAUUCUGAGCCCUCCACGACGGACAUACAGCAGUUCUUCCAAGGGAAGAUCAAGGUUGUAAGCCUGCAGCCAGAAGUGCCUCAGAUUGAUUUGUAUGUUCUUGGCCAGUCCGAUCAUUUUAUUGGGAACUGUGUCUCUUCAUUUACUGCCUUUGUGAAAAGAGAGCGUGAUGUGCAUGGAAAACCCUCUUCGUUUUUUGGCAUGGACCACCCACCAAGAUUACGGGAUGAAUUCUGA